AUGCCUAAGAAGGAGGGUGGUUUGGGUUUGCGGAACAUAGAGAUUUGGAAUAAGGCUGCUAAGUUAAAAUACCUUUGGUCCAUUUGUACGGAUUCUGCCUCUUCUCUUUGGGUUUCGUGGGAACGAAGUUACUUACUUAAAGGCCGAAGCAUUUGGGAAUUGAAAUGUCCUGGGGAUUGCUCUUGGAACUGGAGGAAGAUUCUUGCACUUCGAGAGAUAGGAAGGGACAGAUUGAAAUUUAUAAUUGGUAACGGUAGACGUGCUUCUCUUUGGUUUGAUAAUUGGCAUCCUCUUGGCCCUUUACAGAAGAUUCUUGGUGAGAGGAUCAUUCAUGAAUCUAGAUUUAGUAGAUUAGCUAAGGCAAAAUCUAACCUGUCUUGGGUUCAACGGAGUUGGUCAGAUACUCUUUCUUGGAUGGAACAGUUUCGUGGGAGGUCAUUGCGGUCCAUUGUUAUUCGUUUGAUGUUUGCGGCUUCGAUUUAUGCUAUUUGGCUUGAGGAUGAUGCUAGGGCCCAUGGUGUGACUCCUAAACAUGAAUUUGUUGUUAUUCGAGAUAUUAUUUUUUCUGUUUGUACACGAGUGGAUUUAUGUAGAGGCUUGGUCCCAUCUAGUGAGAAUAGAUGGCUCCAACGCUUAUGGGGUUUUUCUGCGAAUAUCUUCUAUUGUCGUGAUUAUGUUAUAAGCUCUAAUCUAGGUUAUUGUUUUUGGUGCUAG